CUUUUCUUUGUUCCCCGUUCACUACUGUCCGGGGCUUUGAACUUUGAUAUCACUAUCUGUUCCUCGCUCGCGUUCCCGCUUUCUUGGUCGCCGACUCGCCGUCGCACCUCUUGUCGGUCUCCUCAAUCGCCAUUGUUUGCACUGUUCUCCGGUUGGCGAAACGAAGCAAUUUCGUCUUCUGAAGGUAUUUCAUUGCCGGGAAGUCAAGGGCUUCCUCGCAUCCUGAUCUGCUGUCUUUCACUCUCUUCUACUAAAGCCACCAAACGAUCACCUCCGCUAGAAGUACGUUUUCUCUCUCUCUGUUCUCUCUUCCUUAGAUUCCAAAACUGAAGAGUAAAAGGAAAUGCGAGCUUCCUGAAUCCGAAAGCUAACAGUGGUAUCAUUAGCAGUAGAUUGAUUCAGGUAGACGAUAGAUCUCCCUGAUUGUGUUCCGAGAUUCCCCGCCUUUGAAUUGUUCGAACUCUCUCUCUCUCCUAGAACUAGAAAUUAAGUAAUUAACUAUCUGAAAGUUUGAGUUCAUUCAUUUUGGUUGGUUGAACUUUCAAGGGAUAUGGCGAUCACUGCGUCAUUUAUCAUCGUGAGCCGGAAUGACAUCCCGAUAUAUGAAGCUGAAGUUGGAUCUGCUACUAAAAGAGAGGAUGCAGCUCAGUUGCAUCAAUUUGUACUACAUGCAGCGUUAGAUAUUGUUCAGGACCUCGCUUGGACCACUAGUGCCAUGUUCUUGAAAAACAUUGACAGGUUCAACGACCUGGUGGUAUCGGUGUAUGUUACAGCUGGUCAUAUCCUUUUUAUAUAUUGAUUCCCUUUAUCAUCGCCUUUGCUAGUAUCUUAAGUAGUAGUUAUUCGCAAGGAUUAACUAGGCAAAGCAGGGAUAACUUUGUCUGCACAUAAUAUAACCCUAACUUAGUAGUUUCCUUGGUUGGUUAAAGUUUCAUGCUAGCAUGUAUAGUAUACCUCUUCAUUUGUGGUGACUACCAGGAUCUGCACAUCAGAAUUUCACACUUGUUAAUGGUGACUACCGUAAUCUGUGCAUCAGCAUUUUAGAGUCUCUAAACAUGCAUACCACUCGAUCUGUAGUCCAAAGCACAAUCUAAUCUGUGCUGCUCGUGGAUAGAUAAGUCAGUAAGAUGCAUUACACUUAAAGCAUUCAGUAUCAGAUAUUUCCUUGACAUUUUCAAACAUACACGAUUGAUGCUACUUCAUGACUCCCGCAAUGAUGAUGGGAUUAAGAGCUUUUUUCAGGAGGUGCAUGAACUUUAUAUAAAGGUAAACUUGCUCUGACUUGGAUGCUCUGUUCAUGUGUUGGUUUUUCAGUUGUCAACUGUGAAAAAACUAGCUGGGUCUGUUAGUUGAGAUGAACUGAAACGUUGGACUUACGAAGACGGGGGAGGGUAAAAUGUAUUAUAGGUUCUGAGGACAUAUGUUCACAAACAUGUCAUAGAUUUCAAGAACCAAUUUUUGGCUGCUAUUAGUUGCUCACCUAGAUUCAUCGGAGAAUGUAAAAGCAUGACCUGAAGUAAAGAUUAUUACUCUAUUUUGAUAGCAAUUUAGAAGCUAUACCUAUAAUAUGACGCAGUUUGUUAACUUUUGGCAACUCUCUGGUGCAUUUGUCUUUUGCAUAGUUCAAGAACUUGGAAUCCACACACCCUAAACUCUACAGUUUUGGCAUUACAAUCCUAGCAAAGAGAGUUCCAGCUCCUCAAGUAGUGGGCAAAUACCAGUCCCAUGCCAAAGUUCAUAUUAGCUCUUUUUGCAAAGCCAUUUAAAAUCUAAACAUCUAUCCAAUGUUGUAAGACCUUUUGCUGGGUCUUGGUGUUCCUUGGUUAACGUAUGCUGAUCAAUGCAGGUACUGCUGAACCCCCUCUACCUGCCCGGUGCCCGCAUUGCUUCUUCACAUUUCGACACAAAAGUCCGCGCUCUAGCCAGAAAGUACCUGUAAUCGUGCAAACCAUCUACUAAACGACGCAACGAGCUCUUACCAAACUCUCCAGGGUAAAACAUGAUCUACAGGUUACACAAACGCCUCGUUCAAUUUAGCCAGGGAGUUCCUCCUUACUUCUCAACUAGUGUGUUCAUAACGGCUUGAAGGUUCCAUUUGGUGAGAACCUGAUGUAGCUAGGAAGACUUGAUUUUGAUGUACAACCCCCGGUUUUUAUCCAUGGUAUCUUCAUGUUUCUCCUCAUGAACAACAAUGUUGGUUAUUGAAUGUUCAGCAUGUGAUUGUACAUUCUCUAAUGGUGGUUUUCCCACCUGAACUGUGACUGUGUUUGAUUGCAUUUGUUUAAUGGUGGUUUUGCUUCUGCCUUGGGUUGCUGAGUUUCUACAUAGAGAUCCAUCCACCCUUUUUUUUUUGGCUGGGUUUAAUUUUCCCACCGAAAAGGCCGGUCCGCUAUCCACGUCUGGCUAUUUCUCGACCAACCAACACCACCCUCCUUUGACUUAUGAUGGUGUCCGGCGGUGCAACAUGCAAACCACCACUACUUCUUCCCCACUUCUUUAUUUAAUAGGCGUUGUUGAUGAUGGUUUAGCUCAUCUUAAUGGUAGAUUUCUAUGGCGGUGAAGCAAGCAAAUAGUAGUGUUGGGAUAUUGAUCGAAACCGGACCGAUAAGAAUAUCAUUGGCAUCGCUUUUUUUUUUAUAUUCCAAAUUGUUUGUACAUUAUGGGUUUCGUUUUAAACCGAUAAAUCGAAAAGAAACCGAAAUCGAAAACAAUAGACGAGAGGUGUAAGGGGAUUCAGUUUUGAUUGGGAGUGUAGCAAGCGCUUCAAUAAAAUUGUGCAUUCAAU